UUUCAGGUUGGGGUGAACUACUGGGGAGCAGUGCCCCGGGGCUCCUCUCAGAUGGAAGAGGGAAAGGUCACCCAGGGUGAAGGAAGUUGUGAGCUCUGUUAGAGGAAAACAGCCAGGACUUAGUCAGGAGAGGCUUUGUUUGGAAGGAUUGUUGUAAGGCAGGGGAAGGGAUGAUGGAAGCAAGAGGAUCCCAUGACUGUACGUCUGCAAGCGCUUCAAAUAGAAAAGGCCCUUCUUUUAUCCAGUAAGGAGAAGCCACUGGGGCCAGCAGGGUCUUUGGAGGAGACCCUGUACAAGCCCAGGAAAAUGGCCAGUGGGGAUGAGCAGAACACAGGUCCUGCUGUGUCCAGCUGGCUCCCCAGAGAGAUGACAAGAGGUACACUCCAGCUUCUCAGGCUCGCUCAGGCUUGGGGACGUGGAGCUCAGGGCUCUGCAGGAAGGAGAGACCCGGAUAAGGUGUGGUCAAGACAGAGCAGAUCUGGGCAGCAGUCAGUGGGGCCUUGUGGGCAGCCUGGGGUGGGGAGGCACAGUGCACUGGAAGGUGGAGAAAGUGUGAGUCCAUCAGCCUGGCUGCGAAUUGAUCAUGAACCUCUAGUCUGUAAAACUUUUGUUAUUUCCUGAGAUGUGGUUCACAACAACCCAGGUGUGAACAACCUUAUGAUUCUAGGGUUCUUUUCUAUUGUUUUAAUCACUUGCAUCUAAAAAUAAAUUUCUGAGUGACUUGUCGUCAGCUGUUUUUCUUGAUAUGUCUAAUGACGGGGCAGCGACCCCCAUUGUCACCCAGAGAUUAUGUCUCUGUGCCACAUGAAGAUUAGGUGCCCCGCUUUUGAUUGAGGGGCUCAUCUGUUGGUCUCAAAGUAUCCGGUAAUAAUAGCUGAUAUGCAUGGACAACCACCUCUCCUCCAGGCGCUGUUCCUGGGCUUCCGUGGAUGGGCCUGGCUAUUUCUCGGAACUUUCUGAGGUUAGAGCUGUCAUGGUCUUUCUUCUAAAAGAGGAAACCGAGGCUUGCUGGGGCUCAGUGGCCCUUCUGUGGCUGCACAGCUUUCGGGGUGGAGCCAGGACUGACUGACUCCAAACAAAAGUGCUCCCGACCCAGCUCUUUAACUCACACGGCCUCUUCCAAACAUUCCCGAAUCUUCCCAGUCGGCUUGCAGACACUCCUUGCUCCCAGGAGGUAGUCGGGUAAAGGAGUAUGAAAGUUUGGUUACAAACUCAUUGCUGCAAAUUCAAAACCCACACAAAGGCUGUCUUCCUCUGGGGAGCUACAAUGUCUCCCUCUUUCUCACCACUUUACCAUUGGUUGGGCUUUGAUUUCAGGGAUCCUACGAUUACUCAAUACCCUACAGGAUAUACAUGGUUAACCAUUUGCAUUUGGGCAAAUAGGCGUUACUUUUCAAUAGGAAGUGGCGAUCCAGAACUUGCUUUUGGGCAAUUCUAGUAGCUCACAGCUUUUUUCUUAAUGACCGCUAGAAGCUGCAUCUUGUUAACAGAUGGUCAUCACAUUGGGGACCUGGAAUCAUCAGAUUGUGAGGCUCGGAGUGAGGCUGAAGGGAGUGGAUCAGAGUACUGCCUGAGAGUCACUUCCACUUUCCUGCUACCACUGCCUGUGAGCUGAAGGGGCUGAACCAUACCCUCCUUUUGCUACAUCCAGCCUGCAUUUUUUUGCCCACAAUGAGCGGGGAAUCAAUGAAUUUCAGCGAUGUUUUCGACUCCAGUGAAGAUUAUUUUGUGUCAGUCAAUACUUCCUAUUACACAGUUGAUUCUGAAAUGUUACUGUGCACCUUGCACGAGGUCAGGCAGUUCUCCAGACUGUUUGUACCGAUUGCCUACUCCUUGAUCUGUGUCUUUGGCCUCCUGGGGAAUAUUCUGGUGGUGAUCACUUUUGCUUUUUAUAAGAAGGCCAGGUCUAUGACAGACGUCUAUCUCUUGAACAUGGCCAUUGCAGACAUCCUCUUUGUUCUUACUCUCCCAUUCUGGGCAGUGAGUCACGCCACCGGUGCGUGGGUUUUCAGCAAUGCCAUGUGCAAGUUGAUGAAAGGCAUCUAUGCCAUCAACUUUAACUGCGGGAUGCUGCUCCUGACUUGCAUUAGCAUGGACCGGUACAUCGCCAUCGUACAGGCAACGAAGUCAUUCCGGCUCCGAUACAGAACUCUGCUGCGCAGCAAAGUCAUCUGCCUUAUUGUGUGGGGAGUGUCAGUCAUCAUCUCCAGCUCAACUUUUAUCUUCAACCAGAAAUACAACACCCAAGGCAGCGAUGUCUGUGAGCCCAAGUACCAGACCGUCUCGGAGCCCAUCAAGUGGAAGCUGCUGAUGUUGGGGAUUGAGCUACUCUUCGGUUUCUUUAUCCCUUUGAUGUUCAUGAUAUUUUGUUACAUGUUCAUUGUCAAAACCUUGGUGCAAGCUCAGAAUUCUAAAAGGCACAAAGCCAUCCGUGUAAUCAUAGCCGUGGUGCUUGUGUUUCUGGCUUGUCAGAUUCCUCAUAACAUGGUCCUGCUUGUGACGGCUGCAAAUUUGGGUAACAUGAACCGAUCCUGCCACAGCGAAAAGCUACUUGGCUAUACGAAAACUGUCACAGAAGUCCUAGCUUUCCUGCACUGCUGCCUGAACCCUGUGCUCUAUGCUUUUAUUGGGCAGAAGUUCAGAAACUACUUUCUGAAGAUCAUGAAGGACCUGUGGUGUGUGAGAAGGAAGUACAAGUCCUCGGGCUUCUCCUGUGCCGGGAGGUACUCAGAAAACAUUUCCCGGCAGACCAGUGAGACCGCAGAUAACGACAAUGCGUCGUCCUUCACUAUGUGAUGGGAAGCUGAGUCUCCCUAAGGCAUGUGUGAAACAUACUCAUAGAUGUUAUGCAAAAAAAAGUCUAUGGCCAAAUAUGCAUGGAAAAUGUGGGAAUUAAGCAAAAUCAAGCAAGCGUCUCUCUUGCAGAACUUAAUGUGCUCAUGGCUGUGUGAUCUCUUCAGGGUGGGGUGGUCUCUGAUAGGCAGCAGCUUCCAGCACACUUUACAAGGAAUGUUUUGUAGCUCUGGGGUAUAUAUCUGCCCGGGCGUUUCACAAAACGGCCUUUGGGAAAUGCUGAAUUAAAGUGAAUUGUUGACAAAUGUAAACAUUUUCAGAAAUACUCAAGAAGCGGUCACAGAUCACAGUGUCUUUUGGUUACAACACGAAAUGAUGGCAUGGUUUGAAAAACUAAAACAGAAAAAAACAAACGGAAGCCCACACAUCGCUCAUUUUAGGCAAAUGUUUAAACGUUUUAUCUCUCAGAAUGUUUAUUGUUGCUGGUUAUAAGCAGCAGGAUUGGCCGGCUGGUGUUUUCUCAUUUCCCUUUGACACGGGCAACAAUCUGACCCUGUAAAACGGAGGCGGAAAGACAAGCUCAAAUGUUCACAACCUGGAAGCGCUUCAGGAAGAUGGGGACAAUGGCAGAACAAGUGUUGGUGACAAUCGUCACCAACUGGAUAAAGCAGCUCAGGUUGUAGAGGGCCAUUAGGGAAGUGUCAGUUUGCUUUUAUUUCCCUGGGAGCUGUUCUCUGUCAUGAGUGACUCUUUUCUCAAUGUCCGUUAGGCUGAGAGUGCUACGAAGACAGGAGCUAGAAUCAUCUUGCUCACGGCUGUCCUCUGAGUGCCUAGAGGGGUUCCAGCAAACAAAAUGGACUCAACAGAGAUUUGAUCAAUGAAUUGUAAUGAAGUUGGGAUUUAUUGUACAGUUUAAAAUGUUAGAUGUUUUUAAUUUUUUAAAUAAAUAGAAAUUUUUUUUUUUUUUUUUUUUUAAAGAAAGCAACUGUACUGAGACAAUGUAGAAAGAAGUUUUGUUCCAUUUCUUUAAUGUGGUUGAAGAGUAAUGUGUGGCUGAAGACUUUUGUUAUAAGGAGCUGCAGAUUAGCCAGGGGACAGCUGGAAUUAUGCUGGCUUCUGAUAAUGAUUUUAAAGGGGUCUGAAGUUUGUGAUAGAAUCAGAUUUUAACAAUUCUCUUCAAUGACAUAGAAAAUUCAUGGAACUCAUGUUUUUAAAGGGCUAUGUAAAUAUAUGAACAUUAGAAAAGUAUCAACUUGUGUUACAAAAAUACAAACACGUGUUAGGAAGGUACUGUCAUGGGCUAGGCAUGGUGGCUCAUGCCUGUAAUCCCGGCAUUUUGGGAAGCUAAGACAGGCAGAUCACUUGAGGUCAGGAGUUCAAGACCAGCCUGGCCAACAUGAUGAAAUCCCCUCUCUACUACAAAUACAAAAACUUGCUAGGUGUGGUGGUGGGUGCCUAAAUCCCAGCUACUUGGGAGGCUGAGGCAGGAGAAUUGCUUGAACCCAGGAGGCAGAGGUUGCAGUGAGCUGAGAUUGUGCCUUUGUCCUCCAGCCUGGGUGACAGAGCGAGGUUCCGUC